CCCCCAAGCGAAGCAUGAACAGUUGUUAAGUGGAAAAUGGAGGCUGCAUUUUACAUGGCGAUUCUUACCUGCUUGAUCUCCGGGAACUCAGAGGGGUUUCAGAUUGUCCAUGUCCGGAAACAACAGUGCCUUCUCGGAAAUACGAUGGUGUCCAUAGGCUUGUGCAAUGGCACCAACCAGAACCAGCAGUGGACAUGGGCUGAGGAUGGAAAACUCCUUCACGUAAAAUCUGCACUCUGCCUGAGCAUCUCCAACUCCUCUGGCGGCCCUUCCCGAUCAGCCAUCUUUGUCCACUGCUCCCAGGCCCCCCGAUGGACUUGCCAUGAGAAAGAAGGGUACCUUGAGGUGGAGCAUACCUCUCUCUUUCUCAAGAAACGAGGCAACAAAGCAGUGGUCCAGAAGGAGAAGAAAUACUUCCAUAGCUGGAUGAAAACAGAGGUCAACAAGGAGGGAAAACCAGUCAAUGAAAACCUCUGCUUAAAAAAAGUUGGCCGGGGAGCAGAAGUUUCAGUGAGAAGCAUCAGAAACACGGCUCCUCCCCAAAUUCCCACUGCUUUUCAUGCGGUUCCGUAUAGCCCCGAGCACCCCACUAGCAACACCACAGAGGCCUUCACCGGCAGUACUACUGGCAACGCCAGCCAAAACCACAGCCAGAGGCAGCACCCCAGUCUGCAGAUGACUGGAAGGAUGGAGACAUCAUGGGUUCCCUGGACCACUCAGCCCUUCUCUAGCACCACAGAAGAGACUAGACUAGGAGAGCCAGUGAGAUGUAACUUCACCGUGACGGAGUCCAGGGUCUCCAGCCGCUCCGCUUCCAUCCAGUGGAGAACUCUGGGGCCUCCCUGUAACUUUAGCCUCAUCUAUAGCAGUGACACACCAGGGUUCACGAGGUGCCACCCCGUGAGGAGGAUAGACAACACCACCUAUGAAUGUCACCCUGAGGAUUUACAAGCCGGAACCAUAUACAACUUCACGAUUGUGCCUCUAGACGGAGAAGAAAGAACUGUGGUGCUGCAAACAGACCCUUUACCUCCUUCAAGGUUUGAGGUCAGUCAAGAGAAGGCUACUUCAACCAGCUUGCAUGUUUCGUGGACUCCUUCUGGAAGAGUCACAGGUUACAAAGUGCAGUUAUUUGAUGACAACAAAAAGAUACAGGAGGCCCACAUUCAAGAAAAUACUUCAGGGAAUGAAUAUGCAUUUCAUAACCUUACUGCUGGUAAUAAAUACAAUAUUGCUAUCACAGCUGUUUCUGGACAUAAACGUUCCUCAACAAUUUAUACCAAUGGAUCAACAGUGCCAUCCCCGGUGAAAGACAUUGGUAUUUCAGCACAAACUAAUUCUCUCCUGAUUUCCUGGUCCCAUGGCUCCGGUAAUGUGGAAAGAUACCAGCUGAUGCUGAUGGAUAAAGGGAUCCUAGUUAAUGGCACUAUCGUGAACAAACAUACUACUUCCUACACUUUUCAUGGACUGACGCCUGGCCACCUCUACAACCUCACCAUUGUAACUGAGGCUGCAGGGCUGCAAAACCGCAAGUGGAAACUGGCCAGGACAACCCCCAGGGAAGUGUUAAAUCUGAAGGUGACAAAUGAUGGCACUUUGACCUCUCUAAAAGUCAAGUGGCAAAUACCUCCUGGAAAUAAAGAUUUCUACAAUGUUACCCUGUCUUACCAAGGGACCAUCAAAAACUCCAGACGAUUAGAACCCCAGGUUACAGAAACCCAAUUUAAAGACUUAACCCCUGGACGACUUUAUCAAGUUACUGUCAGCUGCGUCUCUGGUGAAUUGUCUGCUCACAAGAUGGCAGUUGGCAGAACAGUUCCAGAGAAAGUUGGGAACCUGGAGGCACAUAGCAACGGUUCCUCGAAGUCCCUGGUAGUGGGCUGGUCGCCCCCUGCUGGAGACUGGGAGCAGUAUCGUAUCCUGCUCUUCAAUGAUUCCUGGGUGCUGCACAAUGUCACCGUGGGAAAGGAGGAAACGCACUAUGUCAUAAAUGACAUGGGGCUCAUACCGGGAAGACAGUAUGAUAUAGAAAUCAUUGUUGAGAGUGGAAAUCUGAAGAACUCUAAACAUUGCCAAGGCAGGACAGUCCCCCUGGCUGUUCUCCAGCUUCGUGUCAAACAUGCCAAUGAAACCUCUCUGGGCAUCCUGUGGCAGACCCCAGUUGCAGAAUGGGAGAAAUACAUCAUCUCCCUAGCAGACAGAGACCUCUUGCUCAUCCACAAGUUACUCCCCAAAGAUGCCAAAGAAUUCACUUUUACUGACCUGGUGCCUGGACGAAAAUACAUAGCUACUGUCACCAGCAUUAGUGGAGACUUAAAAAAUUCAUCUUCAAUGGAAGGAAGAACAGUUCCUGCCCAAGUGACUGGCUUGCAUGUGGCCAACCAAGGGACAACCAGCAGCCUGUUCACUAACUGGACCCAGGCAGUGGGAGAUGUAGAGUUCUACCAAGUCUUACUCAUUCAUGAAAAUGUGGUCAUCAAAAAUGAAAACGUCUCCAGUGAGACCAGCACAUACAACUUCCACUCCCUCAAGUCAGGCAGUCUGUACUCCGUAGUGGUAACAACAGUAAGCGGAGGGAUCUCCUCCCGACAAGCCGUGGUGGAAGGAAGGACAGUGCCUUCCAGUGUGAGUGGAGUAACAGUAAACAAUUCUGGCCGUACUGACUAUCUCAGUGUAUCCUGGCUGCCGGCUCCUGGGGAUGUGGAUAACUACCUAGUGACACUCUCUCAUAACAGCAAAGUGGUUCAGUCCCUUGUCAUUGCCAAGUCUGUCAGCGAAUGCUCCUUCAGCUCCCUCACCCCAGGCCGCCUCUAUGAUGUGACUGUAACUACAAGGAGUGGCAAGUAUGAAAAUCAUUCCCUCAGCCAAGAUCGGACAGUGCCCAACAAGGUCCAGGGGGUCAGUAUUAGCAACUCGGCCCGGAGCGACUAUUUAAAGGUAUCCUGGGUGCAUGCCACCGGAGACUUCGAUCACUACAAAGUCACCAUUAAGAACAAAAACAACUUCACUCAAACCAAAAGCAUUCCCAAGUCCGAAAAUGAGUGUGUAUUUGUUCAGCUAGUCCCUGGACGGUUGUACAGUGUCACUGUUAGUACAAAAAGUGGACAGUAUGAAGCCAGCGAACAAGGGAAUGGGAGAACGAUCCCAGAGCCUGUUAAGGACCUAACACUGCGGGAUAGGAGCACUGAAGACCUUCAGGUGACUUGGUCUCAAGCUGAUGGGGAUGUUGACCAGUAUGAGAUUCAACUGCUUUACAAUGACAUGAAAGUAUUUCCUUCUAUUCACCUUGUAAAUAAUGCCACCGGGUAUCAAUUCACCUCGCUAACACCAGGGCGCCAGUACAAGAUUCUCGUGUUGACGAUCAGUGGAGACGUGCAGCAGUCAGCAUUCAUCGAGGGCUUCACAGUUCCUAGCACAGUCAAAAAUAUUCACAUUUCUCCCAAUGGGGCAACAGAUAGCCUGACGGUGAACUGGACUCCUGGAGGGGGAGAUGUUGACUCCUACAUAGUGUCAGCAUUCAGGCAAAAUCAAAAGGUUGACUCUCAGACUAUCUCCAAGGACGUCUCUAAGCACACGUUCCACAGGCUGGAGGCUGGGGAAGAGUACCAGAUUGUGAUCUCCUCGGUCAGCGGGUCCCUGCAGAACCAGAUAGAUGCACUCGGGCGGACGGUCCCAGCCUCUGUCCAGGGGAUAACUGCAGACAAUGUAUACAGUAGCCAUUCCUUAGUAGUAAAUUGGCAAAAAGCAGUUGGUGUGGCAGAAAGAUAUGAUAUCCUGCUUCUAAAUGAAAAUGGGAUCCUUCUGAGUAACACAUCAAAGCCAGCCUUGACUAAGCAGCACAAAUUUGAAGACCUAACUCCAGGAAAGAAAUACAAGAUACAGAUCCUAACCGUCAGCGGAGGCCUCUUUAGCAAAGAAGCCCAAACUGAAGGCCGAACAGUCCCAGCAGCGGUCACCAAUCUGCAGAUAACAGAGAACUCCACCAGACAGCUGUCCUUCAGCUGGACCUCGUCAGAGGGAGAGCUCAACUGGUACAACAUCUUUCUGUACAACCCAGACCGAACUCUGCGGGAGAGAGCUCAGGUUGACCCACAAGUCCAGAGCUUUUCUUUCCAGAACUUACUGCAAGGCCGAAUGUACAAACUGGUGAUUGUAACUCACAGCGGGGAGCUGUCUAAUGAGUCGUUCAUAUUUGGUAGAACAGUCCCAGCCUCUGUGAGUAAUCUCAAGGGAUCCAAUCAGAACAUGACAGAUAGUCUCUGGUUCACCUGGAGUCCAGCCCCUGGGGACUUCGACUUUUAUGAGCUGAUUCUCUAUAAUCCCAAUGGCACAAAGAAGGAAAACUGGAAAGGAAAGGACCUGACAGAGUGGGGUUUUCACGGCCUUGUUCCUGGAAGGAAAUACACCUUGUGCGUGGUAACCCACAGUGGCGAUCUCAGCAACCAGGCCACAGGGGAGAGCCGAACAGCCCCAAGCCCUCCUAGUCUUAUGUCAUUUACUGAUGUUGCAAACACAUCCUUGGCCAUCACCUGGAAGGGGCCACCUGACUGGACAGACUACGAUGACUUUGAGGUGCAGUGGUUACCCAGAGAUGCGAUCACAGUCUUCAACCCCUACAGCAACAGAAAAUCAGAAGGACGCAUCGUGUACGGUCUUCGUCCAGGGAGAUCUUAUCAAUUCAGUGUCAAAACUGUCAGUGGUGACUCCUGGAAAACCUACAGCAGACCAAUCUCUGGAUCCGUGAGGACAAGGCCAGACAAGAUACAAAACCUGCAUUGCCGGCCUCAGAACUCCACGGCCAUUGCCUGUUCUUGGAUCCCUCCUGAUUCCGACUUUGAUGGGUAUAGCAUUGAAUGCCGGAAAAUGGACACUCAAGAAGUUGAGUUUUCCAGGAAGCUAGAGAAGGAGAAAUCUCUGCUCAAUAUUAUGAUGCUAGUGCCCCAUAAGAGAUACCUGGUGUCCAUCAAGGUGCAGUCAGCUGGCAUGACCAGCGAGGUGGUGGAAGACAGCACUAUCACAAUGAUAGACCGCCCACCUCCCCCUCCUCCACAUAUCCGUGUGAAUAUAAAGGACGUGAUAAUUAGCAAAUCUUCCAUCAACUUUACUUUCAACUGCAGCUGGUUCAGUGACACCAAUGGUGCUAUAAAAUACUUCACAGUGGUCGUGCGAGAGGCCGAUGGCAGUGAUGAGCUGAGGCCAGAAAAGCAGCACCCUCUGCCCUCCUACCUGGAAUACAGGCACAAUGCCUCCAUUCAAGUGUAUCAGACCAACUAUUUUGCCAGCAAAUGUGCUGAGAGUCCUGACAGCAACUCCAGGAGUUUUAACAUUAAGCUUGGAGCAGAGAUGGAGAGCCUGGGUGGAAAAUGUGAUCCCAAUCAGCAAAACUUCUGUGACGGACCGCUGAAGCCACGUACUGCCUACAGAAUCAGUAUUCGAGCUUUUACACAGUUGUUUGAUGAGAACCAAAAGGAAUUCACAAAGCCACUCUAUUCAGACACAUUUUUCUCUUUGCCUAUCACCACUGAGUCAGAGCCUUUGUUCGGAGUUAUUGAAGGUGUGAGUGCUGGUCUGUUCUUAAUUGGCAUGCUGGUGGCUGUUGUUGCCUUAUUCAUCUGCAGACAGAAAGUGAGCCAUGGUCGAGAAAGACCCUCUGCCCACCUGAGCAUCCGCCGGGAUCGACCAUUAACCGUCCACUUGAACUUGGGCCAGAAAGGUAACCGGAAAACUUCUUGCCCAAUAAAAGUAAAUCAGUUUGAAGGGCACUUCAUGAAGCUGCAAGCUGACUCCAACUACCUUCUGUCCAAGGAGUACGAGGACUUAAAAGACGUGGGUCGAAACCAACCGUGUGACAUUGCACUCCUGCCGGAGAAUAGAGGAAAAAAUCGAUACAACAAUAUAUUGCCCUAUGAUGCCUCUCGAGUGAAGCUGUCCAAUGUGGACGAUGACCCGUGCUCCGACUACAUCAAUGCUAGCUACAUCCCUGGCAACAACUUCAGAAGAGAAUACAUUGCUACUCAGGGACCUCUUCCUGGCACUAAGGAUGACUUCUGGAAAAUGGCGUGGGAACAGAAUGUUCACAACAUUGUCAUGGUGACCCAGUGUGUGGAGAAGGGCCGAGUAAAAUGUGACCAUUACUGGCCAGCGGACCAGGAGUCCCUGUACUAUGGGGACCUCAUCCUGCAGGUGCUCUCAGAGUCCGUGCUGCCUGAGUGGACCAUCCGGGAGUUUAGGAUAUGCAGCGAGGAACAGCUCGACACACACAGACUCAUUCGCCACUUUCACUACACGGUGUGGCCAGACCAUGGAGUCCCAGAGACCACCCAGUCCCUGAUCCAGUUUGUGAGAACUGUCAGGGACUACAUCAACAGGACACCUGGUGCUGGGCCCACCGUGGUGCACUGCAGUGCUGGCGUGGGUAGGACUGGAACCUUUAUCGCAUUGGACCGAAUCCUCCAGCAAUUAGACUCCAAAGACUCUGUGGACAUUUAUGGAGCAGUGCAUGACCUAAGGCUUCACAGGGUUCACAUGGUCCAGACUGAGUGUCAGUAUGUAUACCUGCAUCAGUGUGUAAGAGAUGUCCUCAGAGCAAGGAAGCUACGGAGUGAGCAAGAAAACCCCUUGUUUCCAAUCUACGAAAAUGUGAAUCCAGAGUAUCACAGAGAUGUGGGCUAUUCAAGGCACUGAGAACGUACCCGAAGAUAUCCUGGAUAAAAGCUAUUCACUGUGUGAUAUUUUUUUAAAACUCACUUUAUGCUCUACAGAGGUGCCAGCUAUUUCUAUUGAUACUAUGUAUAAUUUAUUAAUCUGGAGAAUUUUAAAGAAUUUAUGUAAUUUAAAAGUAACAGAUAUUAUUGUACAUAGUUGUAUUUUGUAGUUUCUUCUGUAAAUAUGUAUUUUUUCAUAAUGUUUAAUAUUAAGCUUUAUAUAAUGCUAUUUUCCACACUAAAGUGCUCAUGGGUCGUUCUGUGUAGGUGCAACCUGUAUGAGGGACUGCUGUACGAGGGGCUGGGGUGGCCGUAGCGGUGAUCCCUGGGGCCGUGCUUUUUACCGGUUUUGAUACUCACUGGACAGGACAAAGGGUGGGGCUGGAGAGAACAUGUAAUGUGCUGGCUUCGCCGCUUGCAGCCUUGUGAAUCCUGGGCUCCAAAGGUGAUCCAAACGCUGCUUGGACAAAUAGGGCAGUCAUAGAAGGGAUUGGGAGGAGAAGGAAGGGACUGAGUAGCACGAAAGCUGAAGGAGGUGGUUGAGCCUGAAGCAGUUGCUCUCUCCCCUUUCUCCUGCCAGGGUGCCUUGCCCUGGGGGCUGGGGCGGGUCCAGGCUGUAAGGUGGAGGGUGGCGGUAGGGAGGGGUGUAGACAGCAGUGGUGCAUUCCUUACAUCAAGAAGAAUGCCAUCUGGAAUCCUGACUGGAAAUAUAGUCAACAUGCAAAGCACCAUCCACAGUGACAUGAGAUGAUGUCACCACAUCAUGGUGUGGAGGGCACAUGCCCUGACGGUAACGGAUGUGCCAGUGGAGGUGCGCACACUGGUCUUUGUCUCUUUUCCAGUGGGCUGCACUCCUGGAAAAGUCAAAAUCAUGCUGGUCAUGCUGGUUUUUCCAUCAGGAGAAGAUUGUAGUGGCAGAUUAUACUCCUGAUCAAAGGACACAAUGCCAACAUUUUUAUAGGAAUGUUCACAAAGAUCACAUACAAUUAAUAUAAAAAUAAAAAAAAAGAAAGCUCAGUGGUGCUUAGCAUAAAAUUUUCCAAAAGAUCCUUUUAGUAAAUCAUUGAGGUCAAAAGUCACUGCAUGUUCUACUAAGUUUAUCUUCAGGAUUUGUGCCUAUUUUGACUACAAUAAAUUCCAGUGAGUCAAAAAGUGGGCAUCGCCUUCAUCGAGGUCCAGUCCCAAGGGUCUUCCUGAGGAAAAUUAGGAAGGCAUCUGUAUGGAAUUCUCAUGGCUACCUGAGAAAUGAGCCAGGAAUGUCAGCCUUUUCCUCGAUACAAAUUUCUGUGUAAUAAACUAAGAAUUAGAGAUCAAGUUUGGUGAUCUCAUAGCUUCAUUUGCAAAGUAUAUGUUUUUGCCACAUACCAUAAAGUUCCAUAAUUACUAUAAUGGGUGCAACUGGCAUAGUAGUUAAAAAUCAUUAAAUAUAUCUUAAAUAGUUAUUUAUAGUUAUGGAAAGCCACACCGAAACCAGGAAAAUUUCCAGGUUUAUUUGAGAUUUAUAAAAACAGGAAAAAAACUUUAUAGGAGUGAAUAUGAAGAGUACUAAGAGGAUUCCGGGUCUCCAUGGUUUCACUGUGAUCAGCACCUUCAUGAAAUGACAGUGUUAGGCUUUGAUUCUGUUUCGGGGACUAGGAGGGUGUUAUAAAAAUGAAAAAGAACAACAUGUAUGUAAGUGUGGCAGCCAUACCAACAGGGAGGAAAUACAGGUCAGGGACUUAUGGCAUGUGGUGUCUCUUUGGAAUAACUUUCCCUACAUUGAAAGGUAAAAGCAAGAGGAAAAAUAAGCAAGAUUUUAGACUAAUGUUGCUCAACACCAAACACAUGAAUCCAUAGAAAGACAAAUUCAUUUUGGCUUUUCGUUCAUUUGGAGAACUUUCACUGAGUGCCUGCAACCUGCUAGACAGUGUCUAGAAACUACAUGUUUCUGCUGACAUAAAGAACGCUUCACAAUAACAAAGUUAGGGUUCCUGUGACUAUUUUCAGUUAAGCCUGAAGGGGGGCCUCAGGGAGACAGCGAGAUAGCCGAGCCGAGCCAGGGCAGCGGGCAGCCUGCCCCGGGCCACACUGGCAAGCGCCCGUGCUGCUUCCAUAGCAAACCACUGUGUCUAGAAAAGAGACCAAUUCACUGCACAAAGGAAAACUUGAAACUGUAGAACCUGCACACCUGUAGCUGUCAAUAACACUCACACACCCCGGUGGGGUGGAGUCAGAGUUGUGGAAAUGGACAUGACAAAGGAAAACUUUAUGUUCUUUUGGUCUAAUCCGGGAAAUACUUAUUCUUACCCUCCACCUAAUUUUAAAUUUCCUUAGCAACAAUUAUUUCACUAACUUCCCUCCUGCCGCCACCAAAGACUAAAUACAUAAUCUAGUUUAUCUAUUAAAUUUAGGAAGGGCAAAAACAGGUUUCCUUGACAUUCAGCUCAAUUGGCUGUAUUUUAAUUUAAUUCCAUCAUGGGUUGUGUCUCGGUAAACACUCCAUUUCCUGUCCUGCUGGGCAUCCGGACUGUGCACCUGUGUGGUGCACUUUAAUCAUCCAUCUUCAAAGUGCUUUGGAGUUAUCAAAUCUUGAGAGAGGCCCGUCUUGCAUCUUAAUAAUUAUUUAUCCAGGAUCUUUAACUCCUUUAAUCUCUACUCAUUAAGUCAAUUUUGUCUUAUCAUUCAGUUGUUCUCUGGAUAGCAGCCAAUUUUUCAGCCCCAAAUCAGAUUUUUUAAAGACUCAUCUCGCUAUCUGGGCCUGCACACAUUUGUCCUGAGUAAUUUAAUGUUCCUUAGAGAUUAUGAGGUCCUAUUUUUUACUGCUUGCCCCCUGCUUCCUUUUGAAUAUGUUUGCUUUCCUAUUCUGUUCGUGUUAUUUUCUGUUCAUCUUAUCUCUUCAUAAUUCAUUAGUAUUUUGUAGUCUGUUCAGGCUCCAUCCAAUACCACUUAUAAAUACUAAAAUGACCACAGCACAGACAUUUGGGGGACAGUUUUAUUUGGGAGGAUCUUUAAUUAAUUUUUUAUUAUUUCUUGGAAGACAACCCCAAAUGACAUGUGAAAGUAAUGUAAAACUACUUAGCAGGUGUCCAGCAAUACAAAAAUAGACCUCAUAUGUUAAUACUUCACCAUCUGAUUCUCUUGCCUUAGUGUCUCAGGAAGCAGCUCCUUAUUAAACAUUCUUCUUACCUUUUGUGAGGAGAUUAACUACUAUAUAUUAAAUCCACAUUCACUCGACUUUCUGGGCGUUUGAGGUUGGAAUCCUGAAACCAUAACCUGCCAGAUCUGCCAGGGAGCAGUAGGGUCUGAGCCCCAACUCUGGAGUCCUCCAAACUCAGGUUCACACACAUGAGCCAGAGCGAACUUGACCUACUGAAAAAUAACAGGUAAUAAGCUGCUUGUUUGAGGUAGCAGUUCAAGAACUUGCCAGGUUCUUUUUCACUGAGGAAAUGAAAGCAAUUGAUCAGCAGAAGCAGAGUGGCAAGAAGGCGGCUGUGAGCAAGCCCUCAACCCUACCUCAUUUUGGAAGAGAAAGAGCAGAAAAGGCUCUUCUCAGCCCGCCUUCCCUGAGCUUCUGAGUAUUCUUAGCCCAAGAUUUCAAAUCACAUCAGGUAUCCAAAGAAUGUUUUACGUAAAAGGAAAAUCUGUAAACAGUGACUGCCGAAAACAAGUGACAUGAUGCAAAGAAGGGGAAGUAUUUGAAAAGAUCUAACCAGACAUCAUUGGAAAGAGAAAAUGGCAGCUCUUCUGUGUGUCCAGGCUGUUGUUUGGAAACCUCCGGCGUCUCUGUUAGGACCUGUUACCCUUCGGGGAAUUAAUUCACUUUGAUUGCGUUGGCCAGAUGAUUUACUUGAUUAAACUAUUGAAUUGAUUCCUUUAACUUUGUAAAUUGACCAGGUGUUGGACUAGAUUGAUUGACUUUGAAAUUCUGAACACAUUAGUUUAGAUUUGUGUAGUGGGUGAGGCCUUUGAAAAUGUUUGGCCCUUUUAGUUAAUAUUAAAAUGCAGGGUCUCAUUUAAUGCAGCCAUAACAGCACAAAACUGUUCUGUUCUAAAAAUGUUUCUAGCAAUGGAAAUAUUUCUAACUCAAAGAAUACUCUUCACUUGUAAGGAGGCUUCCUAAGAAUAAAUAUAUGCAAUAUGAUAAGAAGGCAUUUUGUUGUUUUAAAAGUUGUCUAUAUAGAUACAUUCAUAAAAUAAGGAAAUUGUUGGCGAAUGUUCCUAAAAUGGAGAUUUGGGUAAUGGAAAUAAAAGAAAUCUGUUAACAGAUUUACCAAAGAUUAUUUUUAUAACUUACGUGCCAAUGUACAUGAUCUUAUAUUAGAUACGAAAAUAAGUUGUUCAAAACUGUGAAUAAUGUCCGACAAAUGUAAUGUGUCCUUUCUAGAAUAUUCACAAGAAAGGUUAGUUAUGGCUGUUUUCUGCCUUAAAUAAUUUCUUUUAAGAAACACUAUUUUCACCCUAAGAGUUAACUUCCUGUCAUGUUAGAGAUGUUGUAUUUUAAUAGCUGAGUAAGUAGAUAAGCAUCUCCACAAGAAAGGAACAUAUGCAGUUGUGGCUUUAGGAGUUUGUAGCAGAGUUGGACAGCAUUCCAUCUGCAAGCUAGAGGCAGAGUCUGCACUGGCCCGCAUGCACUUUCCUGGUCGGCCACGCUGACAACCAGAUGCACCAAUAUUCUUGACUGGAGAGUUCUUGAUCUCCGGUCUUCCAGAGGGACUCAUCAGCCUUAUCAAUUCUGCAAGGACAAGGACAAAAUCUUUCAUCUCUCCUCCUACCUUGUAGAAAUUAGUGAGCAGCUCACAGAUAAAGAACAUAUACUAGUUGAGUGGAAAUUGCUCCUGGCCCAAUACUUUGGAUGGUAAGUGGUCAGUAUCUAGUAACACUACUGCCCAUGGAGGUCCAUCUGACUGUUCCUUGGUUUGUGUGAAGCUUAAAUAAAUAAGAUAAAUAAAUCCAGUAACUGAACUUAUUAUGUUCUAUAAUACAGCACUUUUAUGGUUUUAAUAUCAUGUAUGCUUUCUCUGCAAAUCUGGUUAUUUAAAAUGGCAGUAGAUGAUUCUAUUUUUUCAUACUAUCGUGCCUCCCCCACAAUGUUGUGUUUCUAACCAAUGCUAUUUGAACAAAGAAAUUCAUUAGUCUUUCUAUUUAAAUUAUGUAUUUGCUUAAUAUAUUUUCAUAUUUGUAACUGUGGUCAAAAAUUCUAUAUGGUAUCUUACAAACCUUCUCAGUAAAGUAGUACAGGAAUAAAACCGCUGUUUAUUCAA